CCUUAACAUCUGCUAUACUCUCUGCUUCAUCGCCUCCACUUCUACAACCCCUCAAUCUCCAGCAGAACAAUCACGCAUACCGCUAAAAUGGCCACCGAUCUCUGCCCCGUCUACGCCCCCUUCUUUGGUGCCAUGGGCUGCACCUCCGCCAUUGUCUUCACCUGCUUCGGUGCUGCCUACGGUACCGCCAAGGCUGGUGUUGGUAUCUCGGCUAUGGGUGUCCUCCGCCCUGACCUGAUCGUCAAGAACAUCAUUCCCGUCAUUAUGGCUGGUAUCAUUGCCAUUUACGGUCUGGUCGUUGCUGUUUUGAUCUCCAACGAUCUGUCUCAGCACAUGGCCCUGUACUCUGGUUUCAUCCAGCUCGGUGCUGGUCUCUCCGUCGGUCUUGCCGGUCUCGCUGCCGGUUUCGCUAUCGGCAUCGUUGGUGAUGCUGGUGUCCGUGGUACCGCACAACAACCCAGACUCUUCGUCGGAAUGAUUCUUAUUCUCAUUUUCGCCGAAGUCUUGGGUCUUUACGGUCUGAUCGUUGCUCUUCUCAUGAACUCGAGAGCCUCGCCCGCCGAGUGCUAAAUGCACCAUCGAUCUUGAUAUGCGCAUCCCACCGACAAGCCCCUGCGCGCAUGUUGUAUUCGAGAGAGCAAACCCCCUGCCAUGACGGACUAUCAGUAGUAAUUGGAGGGAACGAUAGGACAAAAGAAAGAUGCUGGAAGAUGGAGUCGUGGGGAGGUAUCAUGGUGGCAGAGGGCCACCGCAACUUUUCUUUGCCUUGUAACAUUGUCUUGUGUUUUGCGAGCAUUCCUGUGCCGUUGAGCGGGACAGUCGGUUCACUGUACCUAUCUAGAAGUAAU